GCGAACGAACGAGCGAAGGCAGCCUCCGAGUUCCGCAGCCGCCGCCAUGUUCCGCUUGAUGUUCAGGCAGGCCAAGAAGCACCCGAGCUUGAUCCCCCUGUUCAUAUUCAUCGGAGCGGGGGCCACCGGGGCAACCCUGUACGUCAUGCGCCUGGCUCUGUUCAAUCCUGAUGUCAGUUGGGACAAAAAGAAUAACCCAGAGCCUUGGAACAAAUUGAAUCCCACUGAUCAGUACAAGUUCUACUCGGUGAAUGUGGAUUAUAACAAACUGAAGAAAGAAGGCCCAGAAUUCUAAGUGAAAAUGAUGCUUUUUCAGCUGCUGAGAAUGAAGGUCUUCCACAAGCCAUCCGCACAAUUCUACACACAAUUAGGAAAUGCUUGAUCUUUCCCUCAUGUUGCAUUUAACAGGUGAAUAAAGAUGUGAAACUUGA